UGCCACAAGCAGUAAUGUGGUAAAAAAGUAAAACUUUGAAGUUGAUUCAUUUGAACACAUGCCAAAAGAUACUACAUGAUACUACAUAGAAAAUAGACCUGUACCAACAUUAUUUGUACAAUACAGAUGUGACACAAUCAAAAAAAUUACACAAAAAUAAAGGAAGCAUCAUCAGUUUAUUAAACUUUUGUACCACAAUUGCAGUGCUGAUAAUAGAGGUGCUUAGUAACCGCCAGUUUCUUUUUCCUCCUCUCCUAUUUCCUUUUUCUCUGUUAUUAAAGAGGCCUUAAACACCACGAACCAGUGAAUUUGCAUUGGGUUUGUUUUUUCAUUUGCAUUAGCGCUUUUAAAAACAAUUUUUGGAUGCUGUGCAAAUUAGACGAUGUAGACCUGAGAGAGUCACAACUGAUUUGACGCGUCAUGAUGAACUACUGUGCCUCGUCACUUCUCCUGGGUUUACUCUUCAUCCCUGUCACUUGUGAUUUUCCUCCUGGUUCUUGUGAUGGAUACACCAACAUAACUGAACCAUGGCGCAACCGAGACUUUACAUCAACUUCCUUCACUGGCUUUCCUAAAGAUGACAAAAAUCUUGUUAACCAUUGGUGGCGCUUCACAGGGAUCGGUGGAGACAGAGUUGUUUCAAGCUGUAUAUCAAAUAAUCAUGGUGGCACACAUUAUUCGAUUUAUAUUCCAUUUUCAUAUCCAUCUACUGAGUCGGUGACCCCAACAACAGGGACUGCAUACGCUUAUGUUAGUUACUGUGCUGACAGAGGUUUUUCAGUGAGUGUGGCUCUGUGUCCUGGAGGAUUCUAUGUGUACAAACCAUUAGAUCACCCAUAUACUCCUCUGGGUUACUUGACCUGUGAGUAGCAGCCAGCUCUUGUAAUCCUAAACUGUUGUAAUCUUGUGCACUAACUUGUUAAAAUUGUAUCUUACCCAAAUUAAGCUGAUAAACCCUUCACAAUAGUUGGGGCCCAGGCAAUGGUGUUUACCUCAUCCCGUCAUCCUGGAAGAUGCUGCAAGUUACUUGAAAUUUCACUGCCAGAGGGGCAAAGCUAGGGCUGAAAAGCUCAGGAAAAAGAAGUUAAAAUCCCCCAAAACAGGAGCAACCAAAUGCUUCAAAAUAGCUAGUUAAUGCAUUUGGCGCUAAAGACAACAGAUAUUAGAACCAGAGAAUCAGAGCGGAUUCAGGACCACAGCUCCCAGUGAGACUAGUGGAGACACCAGUCAAGGUUUUACAGCUGUGGUGGUUGGCAGAAGACAACAGGGAUAAGCUAGUAUGGGUUUAGUAAGGAAGUUAUUUGGCUGUUUUCUGCUCUGGUUUCAACAGAAAUUUUAAGACGAUAAUUAACCAAAGUACACAUACCAAGUAUUUUGUCAAUGUGAUUAUUAUUGCUGUACUGUUUAGUUUAAUCUUACUCUAAUGCUUGCAGUUAUUAUAGAAAGAGUGUAAAAUACAUGUAAUAUAAUGCAAUGCAAAUGCACCUCAACUUUGACUCUUUGUAGCUUUUAUUUUUCAGUGGAUCUAAUGGCUCAAUUAGUGAUAAUACAAAAAGUAG